CUUAUUUUACAUUCUUCAAAUAUAGAGGAACACAAAUUUUCUAUUAGUGGCAUUCCGGAGACAUUUCGAGGUAGAACCGAGCUCACUUCCGUUCCGUUUAGCAGGACUGUCAGAAGACUGCUCAGCUCUUCUUAUAGGAGCUGAAUUUUGUACCAGCAUCAUGACACUGUUUCACUUUGGAAAUUGCUUUGCUCUGGCGUAUUUUCCUUAUUUCAUAACCUACAAAUGCAGCGGCCUAUCCGAGUAUAAUGCAUUCUGGAGGUGUGUCCAGGCUGGAGCCACCUAUUUGUUUGUCCAGCUCUGUAAGAUGCUAUUUUUAGCUACAUUUUUCCCUACAUGGGAAGGAGGAGCAGGUGCUUAUGACUUUAUUGGGGAAUUUAUGAAGUCAACAGUGGACUUGGCUGACCUGUUGGGUCUCCAUCUUGUGAUGUCGCGUAAUGCUGGGAAAGGAGAAUACAAGAUCAUGGUUGCUGCCAUGGGCUGGGCAACAGCAGAGCUUAUCAUGUCCAGGUGUCUUCCUUUAUGGGUGGGAGCCAGAGGGAUUGAGUUCGACUGGAAAUACAUCCAGAUGAGCUUUGACUCUAACAUCAGUUUGGUGCAUUAUAUUGCUAUGGCAGCAGUGGUGUGGAUGUUUACUCGGUAUGACCUUCCUAAGAGCUUCCGGCUGCCUGUUACUGUUCUGCUCGCUCUCUGUGUCUACAAGUCCUUCCUAAUAGAGUUGUUUGUCCAUAUCUUCCUCAUGGGCAGUUGGACAGUGUUGCUGGUCAAAGCUGUCCUGACUGGGGCCAUAUCUCUCUGUUCAUUGUUUCUCUUUGUCACUCUGGUCCACAGCAGCUGAGUCUACCUCAGCACACUGGAGUAAGCCAUCACCUGGGUUGUCACAAGUUAAAAAUCAAUCUUUAUAACAGUCCCAAGUAUAAGAAAAAUGAGGCUGACAUUCAAGCCGCCAACCAACACUCUAGCCAGUUUUUCAGCUUUGUUGCGCUCGGGCUGUAUAAAAUAUCUACAACAACUAACUCCAGUUAAGGUUGGCUGAUAUGUCUGAUCAUUAAUCCUGCAUUGGAAGUGUUGAUAUCAGCAGGGUUCUCUAAUGCGAUUGGCUUACCUACGUUGGCUUUGUGAAAAGGAAACUUUAGUAUCAAAACAACCACAAACGAUUUGAGACUUUAUAAAAAAAAACAUGAUUUUUUUACUUUUACUUGUCCAAUAAACUUUAAUGUAUUUCUAACAAAUGGAUGAUAGCGAUAGCUUGUGUGACCCCAAACUGAUCUAUGUAUUUAUUUACAUCAAAAUGUUAUAGUUGCAGCAUUACUGCCAUAAGGUUUUUUUCUAACUAAAUAAGUAACUAAACAAUGAAUGAGGCCCACUGUCUAAUGAAACCGAAGUUCACUUUGUAUUGUGACCACACUUCUGAAUUGUAAGCAUUUGUGAUUUUGAAGAAAUAAAUUUCUUAUGGUCUUA